AUGGCCCUCAGCGCCGGCGGCGCCGCGAGACUGCGUCUCGACGUGGAGACGACGAUACGCGCGGCGGACGUCGACGGCGUCGUCGCCGCCGCCGAGGACGCGGGCGUGAGCGUCGCGGCGAGGACCGCGAGCGCGGCGCGAAAGAAACGGGCCGAAUCCGGCCGUUUCGGAGGAGGCGACUGGACGUCGGACGCGUGCGCCGGCGCGGGGGCGACGGCGCUCAGGUGCGUUCUAUACAAACGUGUUUCACCCAUCGCCCGGUUUCAACAUUUGAUCGCGUCCCCUUUCAACUGA